AUGACCCUCCGCCGGCUCCGGAAGCCGCCGCCGAAGGAGGAGGCAGCCGCCGCCCCGGGCCCCGCCGCCCGGGCGCCCGCCCCCGGAGGGGCCCCGGCGCGGCCCCCGGCCUCGGGCGCCCCCGCAGCCGCCGCCGGCGCCGGGCCCGCGGGGGACGCGCUGUACGCGGCGCUGGAGGACGUCCACCCCGCCGAGCUGUACCGCGCGCUCGCCGUGUCGGGGGGCACCCUGCCCCGCCGGAAGGGUUCAGGAUUCCGCUGGAAGAAUCUCAGCCAGAGUCCUGAGCAGCAGCGGAAAGUGCUGACUCUGAAGAAGGAGGAAAACCAGACCUUCGGCUUUGAGAUCCAGACAUACGGCCUUCACCACCGGGAGGAGCAGCGAGUGGAGAUGGUGACUUUUGUCUGCCGGGUUCAUGAGGCCAGCCCUGCCCAGCUGGCUGGGCUCAUGCCAGGGGACACCAUCGCCAGUGUCAACGGCCUGAACGUGGAAGGCAUCCGUCACCGAGAGAUCGUGGACAUCAUCAAGGCAUCCGGCAACGUUCUCAGGCUGGAAACUCUGUAUGGAACUUCCAUUCGGAAGGCGGAACUGGAGGCUCGCCUGCAGUACCUGAAGCAAACCCUGUAUGAGAAGUGGGGAGAAUACAGGUCCCUGAUGGUGCAGGAGCAGCGGCUGGUGCACGGCCUCGUGGUGAAGGACCCCAGCAUCUACGACACGUUGGAGUCGGUGCGCUCGUGCCUGUACGGGGCUGGCCUGCUCCCCGGCUCCCUGCCCUUCGGACCGCUGCUGGCCGCGCCCGGGGCCCCCCGCGGGGGCUCGCGGCCGGCUGGGGGCGACGCCGAGGACGCCGUCUACCACACGUGCUUCUUCGAGGGCGCCCCGCCGCCCCCGCCCCCGCCGCCGCCGCCCCCCGCCCGCGCGCCGGGCCCGGGCCCGGGCCCCGCCGAGGCGCCGCCCGCGGGGCUGCGGGCCGGGCUGAGCCGCAGCGCCAGCGUGCGGUGCCCCGGCCCCGGCGGCGGCGGCGGCGGCGGCGCGCCCGGCGCGCUCUGGACUGAGGCCCGCGAGCAGGCGCUGUGCGGGCCCGGCCUGCGCAAGGCCAAGUACCGCAGCUUCCGCCGGCGGCUGCUCAAGUUCAUCCCCGGACUCAACCGCUCCCUGGAGGAGGAGGAGAGCCAGCUGUAG